AUGCAAUUAUUUUUAGGAUUGCAAGCUUACGAUUGUUCUGUGUUUGGUGAUCAAAAUAUUACGGUUCCGGUACAUUUGAAUUUUGGCAAAUAUAUUUUAGAUUGUUUGCGACAAAUGAAAGAUGCAGUAGCAUUGAUAAAUGGGACUACUGGAGAAACUUUAACGAUCCGGCAACUUCUUCAGUAUUCUGUCAAUCUGGCCACUUCACUUACAUCGUUGGGGAUUGGAAACGGUGACGUCGUUGCUAUAGGUUCAGAAAAGCGCAUCACGUACCUGCCAACUGUUUUAAGCGUUUUGUUUACUGGAGCUACGUGUACUCCUUAUGGCCUAGAUAGUGGCAAAGCCAUACUCAGACAAAAGUUAUCCGUGGCUAAACCUACGCAUUUAAUAUGCUCUAAACUUUUCUGGGAACGACAUGAAGAAGUCCUAAACUCUUGUGGCUCUAUUAAAUCUUAUAUUUCAUUUGAUUGUGUUCAACAAAAUGCCUUAACAAUAAAAGAUCUAGUUGCAAAAGAUAUCGACAUUGAAAGAUAUGAACCAGUUAGAGUACUUGGACAAGUAGACACAACGUUUAUAUUGUACUCAUCUGGAACGACGGGUGCGCCAAAAGGAAUUCGACUAACUCAUUUGAACUCUAUUAUGAGCAGUCUUCCGGAUAAUUACAAGGAUGAGUGGAACAUUCAGACAGCUUAUAUUCUCGGUGAAUGGAAUUUUAAUUAUGAUACUUUUAUGACUUUUAAAUUACUUUACGCUGGAAAGAAAGUAGUAUAUAUUGAUGACGUUACUAUUCUGAACAUAUUGCAAUGUAUAGAAAAAUAUCAGAUCAACAUACUAAUGGUUCUGCCAUAUCAGCUUAACCUUAUCAUAAAGGCUGAAGCCCUAGAAAGGUUUAAUUUAGAAACAUUAACGAUCAUUUACUCCAGAUCAACCCUUCUUCACAAAAAUACCAUAGAACAAGUAAAACAAAGACUACCUAAGCUACAACAUAUCUUGCAAGGCUAUGGGAUGACUGAAUGUGGAGAACCUACUUCAGAAAUUCGGGCAGUUAAGGGUCCUAGGCCAGGAAGUGUUGGUAUGGCUGCACCUGGCAUUACCAUCAAAAUAGUCGACCUAAAAAACGACAUAAAACUAGGCCCAAACCAAUCUGGAGAAAUUAGAGUAAGAGGCCCAAUGUUAAUGAAGGAAUACAUUGGACUCGACCCAUCUAUUUAUUUGGACGAAGAAGGCUUUUUAAAAACUGGUGACGUUGGAUACUAUGACGAUGAUAAGUACUUAUACAUCGUUGAAAGGAUGAAAUACUUAAUUAAUUACCAAGGAAAUAAGAUUGCACCAUUACAACUCGAAAAUUUACUGGAAAUGCAUCCAAACGUUCUUGAAGCCAGUGUUAUUGGAAAACCAGACCCUGAUGACGGAGAAAUACCAAUGGCUUUUGUAGUAAAGAGGCUAGAAUCAGAGGUCACGGAGGAAGAGUUGUUAGAUUAUCUAGCUUCAGAAGUGCCCAAAUAUAUGCAACUAAAAGGAGGAGUAAAGUUUAUAGACAAACUUCCUAGGAGCCCCAGAGGAAAAAUUCUACGGCGUCAUUUAGGAGAAAUGUUAAAUCAAUUUCCUUAA